GGCCCCGGCCCGCCUCCGCGCUGAGCCCGUAGCGCAGCAAAGAUGGUUUCUCCCAAAACCCGAUACUUAGUAUUCUUUCAGUACUGGGGCACUAAGUAUAGUGGGGUAAUGCAAACCUCAGCUGAGCAGUCAGGGGUUGGAGUCCAGAAUUACUUGGAGAAGGCAGCACAGAACCUAAAACCUGUUGUUCCCAUCAAGUUCCACAUCUCCAGCCGGACAGACAGUGGCGUCCAUGCGCUCUGCAACUCUGCUCACCUUGACAUCCAGAGGGCACCGGGGAAGCCAGCUUUUCAAGAGAGAGUACUCAUUGGUUGUCUGAAUCACCACUUGAAGCCUGAGCCAAUCCGCAUUCUGAGUGCCUAUCGAGUGACCAACAAUUUCCAUGCACGCUUCUCUGCGCUGUCAAGAACCUACAUUUAUCGGCUGUUGAUGGGCUGCACCCACCAUUCUGAAAUACCAGUGUUUGAGAGGGAUCUGUGCUGGGCUCCCCCUGGGGGCUACCUCAACGUGCCUGCCAUGCAGGAUGCAGCACAGUUCCUGCUGGGAACACACGACUUCAGCACUUUUUGUUCACUCAACUCUGAAACACCAUUUCGGUCUCCAGUCAAAACCAUCCUACAGGCAGACAUCCAACCCUCUUCUGGUUUCCUAUCCCACCACUAUGAAUACAGGGGACUGCAGUUUUGGGAGCUGAAGUUCAAGAGCAGAUCAUUUCUUUACCGACAGGUCCGAAGAAUGGUUGGAGCUCUGGUUGCAGUUGGCCAGGGAAAGUUGGCACCGCAUCAUAUAAAGGAGUUGCUGGAGAUGAAGGAUGCACGGGCUUUUCCACCGUUUGCCAUGGCUCCAUCAUCCGGACUCUUCCUAAAAUCAGUAGAAUAUAAUGAAGCAGGUAAGGGAAUGGCAGGCAGUGACUUUACGUCUGUGGGAGUCAGGCCUCAUACUGAAAGGAACUGAAGCCCCCACAGCCCUCCUUUUUGUGCCAUUUACAGCAGUUGCUGUGGAAAAUGAGUGUUAGUUUUUUCCUGAUAGAUUUCUUCCUCUCACUUGCAGGGUAGUCAAAGAGAAGUCAUGUUGAUGUUGACUUUGAGCCUUAUUUUGUCCCUGGCCAUGUAUGGUAACCAAAUCUUUUGUAAUACCUGGUGCCUGUGGAUCCACUUCUGUUCACUCUUGGUUUUUACAUUAAUAAAAUGUCCUCCUGAUUGGCAGACAGAGAGAGCAGAUCAUCCCUUUGCUUACAUAUCAGCUUUCUUAAUUGAACAGCAUCUAAAUCAUGAACAGUGAAGACUUUUAGCUUAGAAAAUAAGAAUAAAAAGGCAAACUUGCAGAAGAUAUCAAAUUGAUGUCAGCAAAGUUUGGUAUUCUUGUUAGGGAUGGAGGGUAUUUAAUAUUGCAGGGAGUAAAAUGAUGUUGAGAGCAGACAAAGAUAUCUUUGAUUGUAAAUCAAACUCUGUGUUAUUGUCUUACUAAAGAGAACCAGUGAAAAUGAUAGCAAUAAACAUGUUCACUUGCUUUUUUGAUGAGAUCAGUGAGAAUCUGCAGAAGAUAGAGGCAUCAGGUUAUAUUUCCUGGCUCUCUUAGUGCUGCAGGAGGUGUUAAUAUUAAAACUACGGUCCCUUCUCUUGUUGCAGAGAUGAAUGUGCUGCCUACCACAUUUCUCCUGCUGCAGUGCUGAGGAAGAGGUGCUGUCAGCUUUCAGUUGUGCACUUGCUGCCUGCUUUGUUUCAGCAGUAAUCCUUCCCACAACCACAAAUGCUUCUUCUCCCUUUUACUCCCCGCUUAC